AUGUUAGCUGUGUAUGGCAGUGAAGGGAAACUGGACGGUCGCUACCUGAGCGCCACACAGACUGUUCUGCGAGACAUUGCCAAGGUCACCGAGCAAUUGAAUCACUCAUUUGGUUUAUAUAGAAACGGUGCCAUGGGUGGUACUUCGCGCAUAUCAGCUCAUUUGCAUAUUCUCGAGCAUCAGUGUGUUAUUCUAACAACAAGGCUACUUUUGUACAUAUUCCUCCAGUCCAAAUUAGGUAAAUCCGACCCUGCAUUAAUGGACUGGCUUCAGUACGUGACUGUGAAAGCUUUGCUUCAUAUAUGUGUGGAGUCAGCCCAACAGAUCCUAAGGAUACUGUCAAAUUUACAAGAACAAGGUCUCUUAGAAAUGUUUCUACCUUUCGAUAUGGACACAGCAUUCGCGUCAACUAUCUCGCUUCUGAUGGCAGCUGCAAUUGAUUUAUCGAUACUACAUGACCAUUCACAUUGGUCACAGCGUGCGUACGCCAUUUUAGAGUAUAUGAACGUUCGUGGCAAUCUUUCCGCCGGACUGAUCCAGUCGGAGUUGAAGCAAUUGGAUAAUGAGCUUGCCCAAUUGUUAGUGAAAGGGAACAUGGCAAUGACUGUAUCCACAACCCCCAUUCGUGAACCGGAACAGGGCAGCAAACCCGUAGGCAACAUUGUUCCUCCAGUCGCAUUGGCUGGAUAUAGCCGCUCGCUGGAGCCUGAUUUCGUGGAAACCUUUGGAGAAAAUUAUGAGCUUAGUCCGGAUCAGUUGAUGGAGCUAGCCAAUUCCCUAGAUCUAAACAGUCUGACUUUGCCUCUUCCUUACAUGGAUAAUAUCUGA